AGGUAGAGCUGUCAAAAUUUUGCAGGAAGGCACAUGUAAACGCUGUUUACAAUUUCCCUACCCCACGACGUCCAGUGUUUGUUGUUUUACAGUGUUGUUUUCGUCGGGAUCACCUAUUCGUUUCCGUGCCGCGUACAAUGCGUUCCCAGGGCGCGGGUGACAUGCCCUACGUUUCGUGAUCGUAGAAAAUAGAGAAUCUUUGCAAGACGCGUGUGAUUUUUGCGUAACGUAAAUUCGCGAUGGGCGCAAAGGCGAGUACUGCGAACGGGGGGCAGAGUCCGCGUACGAGGACAUUCUCUACGAGUUCUAGUUCGGAAGUAGUGUCUGGAAGUGCGGGAUUUAAUUUGCUGCGAGCGAUACCUGGUAUUCAGGUAUCGAGUGACCGGCAGCGAGCGCGGUCGUUGUCCUCUGUGCCGGACUUGCAUGCUUCACAUGAGGCCAUCGCGAUUCCUCCCAACUCGCAGAGCUACGAGGCGUCGACGGCCGUGAGUCCGGACUCUGACUCCAGCUCCAACGACGAGCCAGGCCCGGUUCCUGGCACGUCUCUAGCGCUCGGAAGAGUAUACGCGGCGCACUCCUUGCCUUCACAUAUCUGGUCCAUAAACGGUAUAAAAUGUCCGGUGUGCAGCAAGUUCGUUCUGCCGGACGACAUCGAGUGCCACCUCGUCAUGUGCCUCACCAGGCCCCGGCUUUCAUACAACGAGGACAUCCUGAGCGACUCGAAGGGCGAGUGCGUGAUCUGCCUCGAGGAGCUGAGUGCGGGGGACACCAUCGCGCGCCUGCCCUGCCUCUGCAUCUACCACAAGGGAUGUAUAGACCAAUGGUUUGAAGUGAACAGAUCGUGUCCGGAGCACCCCGGCGACUAGCUUGUCCGGCUUCCGCCGGCGGCGGCCCCGCCGGCCCCGGGCCCCGGGCCCCGGGCCCCGGCCACGUGCCAUGUCGCGAGUGAUAGUUUUAUACAAUGAACGGACUGCGCAAUGCGCUUGUACAUACAAACUAUGAUAGUGAGAUGUUUUACCAAUUAAUUACUAAAUAAAAAAACAACAAAAAAAAAACAAAGACAGUUCUAGUAAACGCUAAAGGGAAAAUUCUCGGUGGAGUAUUAUAUUAAAUGUAAAUUUUACAUCGUUAAUAUUUAGUUAGUGUUUAUUUGAUAUUUAUAUGUAUAAUUUCGGUAUACGUUGUAUAGUUUUGCAAUAAGCUAUAGCCAAGGGUUACGUUAGUACAGUACUGUGACCCCGUCGCGGUAACAUAUCUGUUUCGUAAGCUUAUGAUAUAAUAAUAUAUAUAUGAUUUGAUCUUUUUCAUCUUGAUAAUAAAGUUGAUUUGUUUCUAAAUUUUC